UAAAGCUACCCAGUAACACCAGUUGUAGAUUUCCUUGACAGAUCACUCACCAAUUCAUAACUUCCUUGGCCGGUCCAAUUCAGUAAAGAUAACUCGUGAUUUGUACAUGGAAGCGAAGAAUAACACUCGUGAUAACAGUGGAUAUUAUUAUCAAGAGGAAAUACUGGCCGGACUCACCAUAGGAGACGUAUAAAAUACCCUACUUAUCAAGACCUUACUUUCACCACGUUCUGUGUUCUAGUAAUCCAUUGCAUCAUACCUUCCUUACAUGUCCGUAUUUCAUCUUUAUAAACACUUCUAUCAACACCACAGAUCCAGUUGUCUGAGCUACAACACAUAACUCCCACAAAUAUAACAUACCCCCAUAGUUCUAAACACUUAAAGGCACUUCUUAUUUACACUUGUACUUAUACCCUGAGAGUUUCAGCAGCUCUUACUACCGCAAAGCGAAUGUUCAUCAUACCAGCACCCACUACCCAGCCAGAUGACGGCCUUCCAGCAGCAUGGGCAUCGAGACAGGUGGACGAAGAGGAGGCACAGAGAGAUGUGGUGGCCGCCCCGAGAACAGUGCUGAGACUCAUGGCAAGCAUAUCACUGGGCCUGGACGUGGUAGGUGCAGGGAUUCAAGGAUCAGUGUUGGAGAGAGAAGAGCGGAGUUUCUACCGCUGUCUCCUCAAAGCCGAAGGGAUAGUCGUGGGGAGCCGAUGGAAUGCCUCGCCGACUACAGUGCCGCUGCCCACCUGCUAUGCACACGAUAUUCGAUUCGUGAGGAUCUGCACAGGCGCGGGCACAGUGGCGUUGGUGUGCCAUGUCAUCGCCGUCCUCCUGUUGCUAAUCGCUCUUGCAAUUGGGCGGCGUCGGCUCAGCUUCCCCUGGGUGGGCUGGAGCCUGCUGGUGGCGCUGCAGGAGGUGAUACUCAUCGGGGCGUGUUGGUCCCUCUUGUUCUCGGCUGAGCUGGCUCUCUUCGGCUGCCACGCCCUAAUGCUGGCGACGAGCGUGGUCCUCGCAAUGCCCUUCCUGCAGGACAGCGUGGUGUGGGUUCCUGUUUCACCAGCCUGAUAGCACACGCUCCCGAGACACGACGGAAGGAAAAAUAAAAUGCCAAGCCUCUCUCCCGACGCUGUUUUACUGCCCCCUCG